GGGCGAGGGCCUGGGAGAAUGCAAGCGGCAUGCGCUUGGAGCGGGGCAUGGAUCGUCCGCCAUGAUUCUGCGAGAAGCGUGGAAUUUUCGCUAGUGUGAGCUCAAGAUCCAGCGCAAGAAAUGGCGGAUGACGACGAGGAGGCCGUGCGCAAGGAGAAAUUGAGGGCGCAGGAGGCCAUGGGAGGAUUUGAAUUGAAGGCAUUUGAGGCUCUGGAGCGGGAUUUUCAAGAGGUUCUGCAAGAGUUACAAGCGGAUAAAUCUCUCGAUCGCUUUCGAAUUGAGUAUGAGAAGCUGCACAGGGCUCUCAAGAAAUCUCAUGAGAGCGAGAAAAGACUCAUAAAGAAAUGCCGAGAGCUCAACACGGAGAUUUUGGCAAAUGCUUCCAAAGUCCAGAAUGCUCUGAAGCUCAACGAGGAGGAUCAAAACACUAUACUUGCUUUGAAGAAAGAGAUAGACAAAGCAUGGAAAAUGGUGGAUGCUUCUCAAGAGAAGGAGGCCAAGGCGAAAGACAAUAUCCUACAGCUAAAGACCGAAAUUGCGAACCUGAGUCAGAUAAUUGAGCAAGGAUGUGGUCUGAGCAUGGGACAGGAGCAAGAGCUAAACGAGUUGUUGAAACAAAAAGAAGACCUGACUUUGGAAAGGGACCUGCAAUUGGAUCAAAUAGUUCAGCUUCGCAAGGAAGUGACCGAUCUUAGCGAGAAACAGAAGGUAGCGGAGGAGCAGAAGAUUUCUAUGGAGCAGGACGUUGCUAGUCUUCGAGAGCAAAUCGCUGCGAAGAAAUCAGAAAGUGAAAGGGAGCAAAAGAAGAAGGAGAGAAUGGAAAAAGACAUCAAGGACUUGAAGAUGUCUUUGGAAGCAAAGCAGAAUGACAUCCGAGUUAAACAAGCAACGCUUACAGAAAAUGAAGAGCAGGUUGCCCGGCUAGAGCUAGCGCUUCGAGAACAAAGACAAGCAACCGAGAAAGCUCAGAAGGAGCUCGAUAUUGUGACUCAGAAGGUUACAAAGCUUCACGGGGACCUGGAAGAGCAGAUACACGGGAACACUCAGCUCCUCGCCGAGAAUAGUCAAAAGCAAGUGGAAAUGAAGCUUAAAGACGAGGAAAUUCAGGUUCUCAAAUCUGAGAUAGCGCGCGUAAACAAGAUACGGGAGGCUACAGUGAACAAGCUGAAGGGUGCAGAGAAAGCGAAGGAGGACGUGGAAAAGCAGCGGGACUCUGUCAAAAGCGACGUCGUGAAUCUAGAAAGGGAACUAGAAGCGCAACGUAAACUGACAGAGCAAGAACGUAAGCGUCAAGAAGAUCUGCUGCGGGAGCGGGAUGUGUUGAACAAGUUGAAAACACAGGCAGAGACUGCUAUCGAGAAGCAAAGCGAUCUGGUGAAGAUCAACGAGGUCGCUGUACAUAACCUGGAGAUUGAAAUACAGACAUACCGACAGUCAUCUGCGAAACAAGAGAAAGUGAUACAGCAGCUCGAGAAAGAACGACAAAAGUACGGUGCUGAGGCCACUCAGGCUGGCGUCAAGUACAUGCAGGCAUUGGAUGAAGUUAAAUCCCGAGAGGUUACUAUCAUGGAGCUCCAGAAAAAAAUUCUAGAAGCAGAAAACAAAUACAAAAUUCAGCAGAACCUCUACGAGUCUGUGCGGAGCGAAAGGAACCUCUACAGCAAAAACCUGGUCGAGGCUCAAGACCAGAUUGACGAAUUGAGACGAAGGAUCAAAAUAAUGAACCACCAGAUCGAACAGUUGAAAGAGGAAAUAAAUGCCAAGGAUCAAGCGCUAAUCAAAGAACACGCAGACCAUGCUAAGAUUGAGAAAGAAAGAGAAGCGUUGAAGCAAGAUCUUAGCAAAAUUCACCAAGAAAUCAGGGAGGCGGAGUCAGUCAUUGGAUCGCAUCUGUCUACCAUUGAAAAUCUCAAUCACAUCAUCAGCGAAGCGGACGACGAACGCUCUCGGCAAAAGAAGGAACUUGAUGUCAUUAAAAGCGAGAGAGAUAUCCUAGGAACUCAGCUCAUGAGAAGAAACGAGGAGCUUGCAUUGCUCUAUGAAAAAAUCAAAAUUCAGCAGUCCACGUUAACGAAAGGACAAGUCCAGUAUCGUUGUCGGCUGAACGAACUCCGACUUUUGAAGAUCAAGAUAACAGAUUUGAAGCGUGAGCAGAGUAUAUUGAAAGGCUCCGUCAACAACAUUCAAGUUUUGAAGCGAGAAGUUCACAAUCUCAGCCGAGAGCUUCUUCAGGAGCGCACAAAGGUAAAAGCACUGUCGGAGGAGCUAGAGAAUCCUCUCAAUGUGCAUCGGUGGAGGCAACUCGAAGGAACUGAUCCCAGCGCUUAUGAAAUGAUAUUGAAGAUCCAAACUUUGCAGAAGCGGUUGAUCUUAAAGACCGAGCAGGUCGUUGAGAAGGAUCUGCUUAUUCAAGAGAAGGAGAAGCUGUAUGUGGAGCUUCGAAACAUCUUGGCAAGACAACCGGGACCAGAGAUGGUAGAACAAUUGGCGGUCUACUCGAAAAGUCUCAAGGAGAAGACGAGGCAAAUGAAAGCAAUGGCAUCCGAGCUGCAAAUGUAUCAGGGGCAAGUUUAUGGAUACAAGGCCGAGAUUGAGCAGCUCAAAGGCGAGAUUGACUCGGUGAAGAAGAAGUUUUUCGAGCACAAGAAGAAGGAGCAAUUGGAGAGGGAGCGGAGAAAAGAUUUGGACUCGCAAGGGUCGAAUUUCUCGUCGGGGAACAAUCCGCUCAACAAAGGCUUCCUGGGUGGAGGCUACAAUCUACAAUCUACGUGAUUCUAUCAAUCACUCGGCAAUGUAUAUACCAUAGCUUGGAAAAUUUAAAUAAAGGCAUAUAUAUAAGUGAGA